GGGGGACAACAAACUAAACACAAAGAGCAGUUCUAAAGAAAUUAGUUUGUCCGUCUAGACGAUUUGAAAGUGCACGGCUCCCAGCGGCUUCCUAAUAUCGGAAUGAAGAGCGCGCGAUGCGGUGACCGUCUUGUUUUGAUGGUUAGGCCUCUGCUGCUGUUGCGAGGAUGACCCGGAGUCCGCGCGGUCGAUGGUUUAUGCUGCUUUUGACGAGAUCAGCAGUUUGACCGCAACGCUUCACGUUGGCCAGUGCGAGUUGGUCAAGGUGGGGGGGGGGGGUCUACGGGCUGUCAAGAUAUCAGCCGCCACUUCACCCCCCGCAACUCUGCACGAGUAAUGAAGUGGUUCUAGAGAAGAUUGUACCUGGACAAUUUGCUCAAACCCAGCUGGGGUUUGUUUGGCAGCGGAGGUGCUCGCCCUGAAUGUGUCGAGCGGCAUUAUCUUUCAUUCGGCUGUGCGGGUGACGCUGUGGGAAGCUGCCUGAUCUCUCCGUCAGUUUGAAACGGCAUUGUCUUUCAUUCGGCUGUGCGGGUGACGCUGUGUGGAAGUUGUCUGAUCUCUCCGUCAGUUUGAAGCGGCAUUGUCUUUCAUUCGGCUGUGCGGGUGACGCUGUGUGGAAGCUGCCUGAUCUCUCCGUCAGUUUGAAGCGGCAUUGUCUUUCAUUCGGCUGUGCGGGUGACGCUGUGUGGAAGCUGCCUGAUCUCUCCGUGCCUUCUUUACGCUUGCGAAACGCGGACCCCCUCCCCCCUUUUACAGAAGCACACUGCGCCGACUUGAAACUUUCCGGCUUGCCCGUGAUUGAUCCAUCCCUGGGUUCAACCAGACUGGAUUAGCAUAAGUGAUUUCGGGAGGGCGGCUAAUCAGCUGCACAGCACGGAGGCAAUGAACCAACAAACAGUCGAACGAUAGCGAGCGGACGACCAAGUGAAACGGACGCGCUGACAAUCUCCACGGGGCGAGCAAACGGGAUAACGAGCAAAGCCGACGGAGGGGGCAGUCAAACGGGCGGAUGCACGGACGCGCCGGCGAGCGACACGAACGAGCGGACGGAGGAACGCGCGCGCGCGAGAGGAGAGGGCGAACGAACGUUCAGGCGACGCGGGAACAAGCGGGCCACUGAUCCGCGUGUCGGUUCGCUCGCUCGCAAACGAACGGGCGGUAGAACGCGAGGCACCGACGAGUCGCUGCAGGCUAAUCGUCGGAUCUGGUUCGAGCGACGGAACAGUCGGACAACGGGCGAACGGGCGGGCGAACAAGUGACCAAACGGGCCGAUCAAACCGGCGGCGACAGUGGAAAGCGGGCGGUCGACCGAACGGAGGGACGGGCCGGCGACAGCGCGGGCGGGCGAAGGAGGAAGGCGAGGGAGGCUGACGCGAUGGCACUCCCGGUGAUGAUGGUGGUGGCAUGAUCUCCGCCGCGUCAGUCUCCGCCGGCACGUGCAGCCUCUCCACCACUGCGGUGUCUCUCCUCGCGCCCGCAGGCAUGAUGUGCGAGGUGAUGCCCACGAUCUCCGAGGACCCCGCGCCCUCCUCACUGACGACGACGACCUCAUCGUCGUCGUCGUCGUCCUCCCCUUCGGCCGCGACGACGGCGGCGGGGGCGACGGCGGGAGGGCCGGCGCCGUCCUCGUCAGCGGGGUCGUCGUCGGGGCCCCUCGCCGCGGGGGUCGUGGCCGGGUCGGCGACGGGCCCCCCCGGGGCGCCCGUGCCGGCACCCCGGAGGGGCUCGCAGAACGGCUGGGAGGACGCGAGCCUGGAGCGGCUCAUGAGCAGCAUGCUGCAGGAGCGCGACCGCCUGCUCGAGACGCUCAGGGGCGCGCAGGAGGGGUUGUCCCAGGCCCAGCUGCGGCUGCAGGAGGUGACGCACCAGCGAGACUCGCUGCACCGCCAGCUCAACGCCGCCCUGCCACAGGAGGUGGCGGCUCUCACCAAGGAGUUGAAUUUGUGCCGCGAAACUCUGCUGGAAAAGGACGAGGAGAUAUCGGAGCUCAAGGCCGAGCGCAACAACACUCGGCUGCUGCUGGAGCACCUGGAGUGCCUGGUGUCGCGGCACGAGCGCUCGCUGCGCAUGACGGUGGUGAAGCGGCAGGCGCAGUCGCCCGCCGGCGUCUCCAGCGAGGUGGAGGUCCUCAAGGCCCUCAAGUCGCUCUUCGAGCACCACAAGGCGUUGGACGAGAAGGUGCGCGAGCGUCUGCGCGUGGCGCUGGAGAGGGUGGCGGCCCUGGAGGCGGAGCUGACGGCGGCCAAUCAGGAGAUCUUGCUGUGGCGGGAGCACAGCGGGCGGAGCCUCCCUCGGGUUGGCGGCGGGGAUGGAGCGGAGUCGGAUGCCAGCGGCCAAUCAGACGGCUCGCAGGCGGCGCCGCUGGUGUCGGCCGGCCUGGCGGAGGGGGCGGCCGCCCGCCUGCGGGAGCUGCAGGAGGCCGUGGAGCGCCAGGGGUCGGAGGCGGCGCAGCUUCGCGAGCGCCUGCUGGGGCUGUCGCGCCGCGCCGCCGAGCUGGAGGGCGAGCUGGAGGCGUCGCGCCGGGAGCUGGCACGCGCCGAGGACAGCAACGCCCGGCACCAGCGCGACAUCCGCGAGGUGAUGGCACAGAAGGAGGACAUGGAGGAGAGAAUCACGACCCUGGAGAAGCGCUACCUGGCCGCUCAGCGCGAGGCCACGUCGCUGCACGACCUCAACGACAAGCUGGAGACGGAGCUCGCCAACAAGGAGGCCCUGCACAGACAGAGCGAGGAGCGCGGGCGGCAGCUGCAGGAGCGGCUGGAGACGGCGGAGCAGAGGCUGCAACAGACGCUGCGCAAGGCCGAGACGCUCCCUGAAGUCGAGGCGGAGUUGGCUCAGCGCGUCGCGGCCCUCACCAAGGCGGAGGAGAGACACGGGAACAUCGAGGAGAGGAUGCGGCAGCUGGAGGGGCAGCUGGAGGAGAAGAACCAGGAGCUCCAGCGGGCUCGCCAGCGGGAGAAGAUGAACGAGGAGCACAACAAGCGCCUGUCGGACACCGUGGACAAGCUCCUGUCCGAGUCGAACGAGCGCCUGCAGCUGCACCUCAAGGAGAGGAUGACGGCCCUGGAGGAGAAGAAUGCGCUGACGCAGGAGCUGGACAAUGUGCGAAAACACCUCGAGGAGAUGCAGCAGGACAAGGAGCGUCUGAUGGAGGAGAUGGAAAUUCUGCGCUCGGAGGUGGAGCAGUGGCGGCACAAACCUUCGGGGUUCACGGAGACCUUGAUGCCCAGGUCCCACCGGAGCAACGCGGUGGACGCGUCUCGCUUCUCGCGCGGGUCGCUCACCCUCGACCCCGUCGAUCAUUACUCGACGCUGCGCCGUGCCAAGAAGGGACGACUCCCACCCCUCCGGGACGAUCCCAGCAAGGUGCUCACCGAGCAGGGCUGGGACCUGGGCGGUGGAAUCGGCGGGAUGGGAGGAGGAGGAGGCGGUGGAACGAUGGGAGGAGGUGGAGGAGGAACGCCAUCGCUCCUGGGCGGCUCCACUCGCUCGCUGGACCCCGACGGGAGCCUCAGCGAUCAGGACAACGGAGAGGCGGGGCGGGAUGGCCGACCCCGCGACCUCUGCCCCUCCGACUCGCUGCUGCUGUCUCCCGGCGCAGGUGGCGGCGGCGGCGCGGGGGCCGGAGGCUCGGACGCCCAGACGCUGGCGCUGAUGCUGCAGGAGCAGCUUGACGCCAUCAACCACGAGAUCAGGCUCAUCCAGGAGGAGAAGGAGUCGACGGAGCUGCGCACGGAGGAGCUGGAGUCUCGCGUGAGCUCGGCGAGCCUGGAGUCGCUGGCGUUCUCGCGCCUGCGCUCCGCCUCCUCCAUCCCCGGCUCGCUGGGCGGCGGCGGCGGCGGCGGCGGCGGCACCACCGCCACCGCCUCCUCCUCCUCGUCGCUGCCCCCCAGCCCCUCGCCCCCCGUGAGCGGCCGCUCCACGCCCAAGGCGGCGCCGCCGCGGCGCCCCGCAAGAGACCUCGACCGCAUGGGGGGGGUCAUGACGUUGCCGAGCGACCUGAGGAAAUACCGCCGGAGGACGAUGGGCGGCGAGGAGGAGCGGGAGGACAAGGCGACCAUUAAGUGCGAGACGUCCCCGCCGCCGUCGCCGCGCGGGAAGUUCCACAAGCUGGCGCACGGCAUCAAGGCGGUGAGCACGGAGGACAUGCGCAGCGCUUGCAUGGAGGGGGGUGCGGGCAGCUCGGACACUCUACGCAAGGCGCAGAAGAAGCGGGGCCUCAAGUUCGGGCUCCUGUUCCGCAGGAAGAGUCGCAUCGGCCAAACGGGCAAGGAGGCCGGCCUCUCGUCGCAAGGAAGUUCAUCGGACUCCGAGGUCACCACCCCGGACGUCAUGGGGCUGGGGCGGAUGGGGGCACAGGCGGAGAGAGACCGAAGACUCCGCAAAAAGCACGAGCUUCUGGAGGAGGCUCGCAGGCACGGCCUGCCCUUUGCCCUCUGGGACGGCCCAACUGUCGUGGCCUGGCUUGAGCUGUGGGUGGGCAUGCCGGCGUGGUACGUGGCCGCGUGCCGCGCCAACGUCAAGAGCGGCGCCAUCAUGUCGGCGCUGUCGGACACCGAGAUCCAGCGCGAGAUCGGCAUCUCGAACCCGCUGCACCGGCUCAAGCUGCGCCUCGCCAUCCAGGAGAUGGUGUCGCUCACCAGCCCCUCGGCGCCACCCACCUCGCGCACGCCCACGGGGAACGUGUGGCUGACCCACGAGGAGAUCGAGAACCUGGCGGCCGCCCAGAAAACGGAGGAGGAAGAGUUGGCCUGGGCCCAGACCCUGGGCUACGGAGACAUGAACCACGAGUGGAUCGGCAACGAGUGGCUGCCCAGCCUGGGCCUCCCGCAGUACCGCAGCUACUUCAUGGAGUGCCUGGUGGACGCGCGCAUGCUAGACCACCUCACCAAGAAGGACCUGCGGGUCAACUUGAAGAUGGUCGACAGCUUCCACAGGAUGAGUUUACAGUUCGGGAUCAUGUGUCUCAAGCGACUCAACUACGACCGCAAAGAACUGGAGAGGAGGAGAGAUGAAAGCCAGCACGAGCUGAAAGACGUGCUGGUGUGGAGCAACGAGCGCGUGACGGCGUGGGUGGCCUCCGUGGGCCUGCGGGAGUUCGCCACGGGGCUGCAGGAGAGCGGCGUCCACGGCGCCGUCAUCGCCCUCGACGAGAUGUUCGACCACGCGAGCCUCGCGCUGGCGCUGCAGAUCCCCACGCAGAACACGCAGGCCAGACAAGUCCUGGAGAGGGAGUUCAACAACCUCCUCGCGCUGGGAACGGAGAGGAGAUUGGACGAGCACGCCCCGUCGUGGCGCAAGCGCUUCCGGCCAAAGGACGCGCACGCGCUCUCGCUGCUCGCCGGCUCCUCGGAGACGCUGCCGCCCGGCUUCCGCGUCGCCUCCUCCGUGGGGCCCCCGCCCCCGCCGCUCCCCGCCGGCAAGCCCCUGCCCCCCGCGCCCGACGGCAGCUCUUCGGGCCCUCAGAGGAUGGACCCCUCGGCCGUCCGCACAUAUUCCUGCUGAAGUUGCACCGGUGAGCAGCUCCCAGACGCGCCACGCGACCAAGGAUCCAGGGGAGCGGCGCGGCUUGCCGACGAAUCAGCGUAACGUCAAUCAACCGCCGACAUUUAAACACACACACGCACACGUUUCAAACGGGACAACAACAACAACAACAAAAACACGGUCGAAUUAAUCGGCACUUCGUUUUAUUUACUUUUGGUUGGAUGGCGGUGGGGAAGAGCAGGAAAUGAAGAGGGUGGCGGUGGGAGCGGUGAGAAAACGAAAGAAGAGAUGGAGGAGGAAUGAAAGGGAGCAGCGUGGGAAGGGGGACAGAGAGAGACUCUGUGGUGGCCAGGAAGUUGGGGAGGGGAAAGAAUGAGAACACGGGUGAAGGAACAAGAGGGAGAAAAGUGGCGAAGGCGGCGGAGGGGGACGUGAAAUCGACGAGAAGAUGAGGGCGGUGGGGGGUUGGUGGCGGGACGCGGUGUAGCCAGAGACGUGGACAGCAUCGAUGGAGGAUAUAGGAUGGGGGGGAGGAGGCCAGGAGGAGGCUCUCGAGUCGCAGACGUGGAGUCCGGCACCUGCUGAGAUAUCCUGGGUUCCAAUCCAGGUCUCGGCCACUGCCUGCCGUUAAUCCGGGUUCGCAAGUGCGGCAGGUUGACUGGCCUCAGCUCGCUCGCUCGCCGAUGAAUGUCAAACAAAAAAUGUUGAAUCCGCAUCGCUUCAAUUGGGCAAAUGCUCUGAGAAUUAUACUUUUUUUUAUUUUUGGUUCGGCACGGCGUUGAACACCCCUGACAGCGCGGCGUGUGGGAAAAGUGGAUGAGAGGUCACUUGAUCGAUGGACCUCAGAAGUAGGUCCAUCGAUAUCGCCCUUCCGCGGGCCGCUCUGUGACGCGCGGAGCGAUGCGCCCGCUCUGCGGAGGUUUGCGAAUGUAUUCUUCGUCGCGCGGCGCCGAUGGCACAACCGGGAUAACAUUCAGAAAAAGAUACCAAAAUUAACAAUCUGAAAUUUACGUAGAGGCGGUGGUAAAUGAUGACUCGCAGCAGACGCAUGGAAAAGGUGACGAAAACGAAGGCACCUUGCUUUGAUAAUGAUUCAGAGCGGUCGGUAUUCACGCCGCCGUUCUUACAGCACAAGGCUCUCGCGAAGGCGCUGUGAUUCUCGGGCAGAGUUUCACGGCAAGAGAGCGGUGCCGCCGUGUGUGUGCGUGCGUGGCAUUCGUUCGUGUGCGUAGUCUCAAACGAGUCGUUCGCGGGUGACUUUUCAAAUUGUUGUUAAAUUUGGCCCGUGACGCCGAGCACACGACGGCCUACUCUCUUCGGAACGAUGCCGCGGGGAUCUUUUAACGGCCGCUGUGAGUGCAGCAGGUGGCGCGUGUUUUUUUAUGUUUCUUUUUUUAUAAUUAGUAUUAGUAUGAUUAAAAAAAAAAAUUACGGUUCGCACGCCCGCAGCAAUAACCAGGGCGGCCUGUCGGACGCAAGCCGCGAGCCUCCGCUAACGAGCGGCGAACGGCGCCGCCGCUGGGCCCAGGCCGAUGGGUUUCGUGAAAUCGAGGAAGACGCGGAGGGAACGGGCGGCGGAGGAGAUGCCGGGAAGGCGGAAGGGGCCAGGGAGGAGAAGAUGAUAGUAGGAAGUUGAAGAGGAACGUCCAGGAACUGGAGUUGGACGUUGAGAGAAAGGAGGGAGGACAAAGAGAAGGCGGACGAGGAUGUUGAGGAGGCCAUGGAGCAAGCUGUUGGGAGGACACACGGAAGGUUCUGCGGGAGCUGCGGACGGCGACGUGACGCGGAGAAUGCGGAGGGGAGACUUUACACCGUCGGUCAAACAGUAAUCCGGAGGGGAAGUUUGUGGCUCAUCCUAAGGAAAGGGAGGGGAGCGGGUUUCUCCUACAGGCAAACGUGGCGGUUCGCCGAAACGCCUCGAGGUUCGGACGUCGUCAUCCGCCGUUACGUUUCGGAGCCGGCGCCACUCUCGUAGCGCAGGGCUAAUCGCGAAGAAGGCGCCGCGUCUCACGGACGGGUAUAUCCUUGCGGUUGUUCGGCAUUCGGGGGGCGAUGUCGCGACGACGACGAUGUCGCGGUGUGGCUCCUGCCCCGCCCUCCCCCCAGCCCCGUUGUGAAAGCACCAACGGGGCUGUCGUUUUACAGAUUUCGCCAAAAGCGGUUGGAACCGUGACGCCGGCAAAACCACGUGGCCCACUCACGGGAUCCGUGAAGUCCCGCUGUCAAGCAGGCGGCGCUUAGUUGUUUUCCGGUUCACGAUAUGCGCGCCCCGCGAGUACUAACCGGGGCGGCCGCCGGGCUCGCGCCGCGAGUACUAACCGGGGCGGCCGCUGGGCUCGCACCGCGAGCCUCUGUGACAACAAAGCGGCGAUGCGCGCUACCGCUCGGCCGCAUCACCUUCCACCCCCCCCCCCACUGCCCCUCCGAAAGCGGUCAAAUUUCACCGCUCAAAUGAUACGUGGGAGAUGACGCACAACAUGGCACGCGUGUAAGAAAUGUUCACGCCAAUUUGAGUGCACAAAGCAACAAAGGAGACGGGGAAGGAAAUAAAAGCGAGAAACGACACACGUGACGUAACUCGACACGAGACGAGGAGGAAUCCCAACAAGUGAGGGGAACAUUUGUUUUGAGACGGAGCUGAGAAGAGACAAACAGCACAAAUGAUUCGACCGGAGUGCAGACGCAAGAGACGAUACGAGACGGUGCAAACAGGAAAGUGUGUAAACCAGACCUAAAAAAUAUCAACGUAUACAAAUUACUCGCGCAAGACGACACGGGCAACACAAAUGGAGGCGGCUGACGUGAACGAGAGACAAAGCCAACAAGCCAAACAGCGCAAACGAGAUCGAACAAACGGGAUCGUGGGAGUGAGACCGAACAAAGUACAGCACGUGAGACAAUUAACAUCGAGCCAGGUACAAUCAGGACAGACAAUGAGACAGACAAUA